AUGAGCAAAAUACAAAAGGCAACCAUAAAAAACCCCAAAAAAUGCAAGAAAUACGACGGCAUUAUGUCAUUGACUAAUUCGAUUGAAUUUAUAUAUAUUGAGACAGCUACUACCACCGAUGCAAGCAAACAGAUAAAAGAUUUAUCUAAAUUAUACAAGGCAAUUUCAAUUAUGUUUAGGCAACUGGUAAAGUCUCUCCCUCCUCCAAUGCGGACCAAAGUUAAAGAUAUACCACUUUUAGCUAUUCAGUUUUGUGGACCAAUGGUCGAAGCAUUUUUAGCAACCUGGAUUGAAGGGGUGAGACCGGUAAUUUUUUCAAUUGCAAAAUUUGAAAUUCCAGAACAAGUGGAAGCUUUGCCAAGACUC